UAUAUUGUAAAGAUAUUUCUGAUUAUUUCACUGUACUCUGUAGUUUUCAGUUUUAAUUGUAAGUUCUUAGUUCUGAAACGACAAACGUGUCUGGGCUUUCAGUUACUUCGACAUAAUGUACAGAGAUAUAUAGAUAUAAUACGACAUGUAUAGUUCUGCAUAAAAUGUUUCUAACGUGAGAUACCGCUUGUUGGACGUAUUGUCGGUAUUGAUGUUUGAUAGCUUCGCCUUCUUCCAAGUUUGCUUCUCAUCGUGCGAACUGUUCCGCGAGUCGCCAUAAAUUCCGCAAUGCGUACAGUGCCAUUUCUGAGAAGUAGCAGAUUCUUUUCGACGACAAUUUAUCCUUCGAAGGCGCCACGAAUCGCAGUGGUAGGCAGUGGACCAGCAGGAUUUUAUAGCGCACAGUAUGUUUUAAAGCACAUUAAUGGAUCUUGUGUGGAUAUGUUUGAAAAAUAUCCAGUCCCAUUUGGACUGGUACGCUUUGGUGUCGCUCCUGAUCAUCGGGAAGUGAAAAAUGUGAUACACUCGUUUUCCGCGACAGCCAAAUGUCCAGAAUUUCGUUUUUUCGGCGGUGUAACCAUUGGGUCAACGCUAACGGUGGCGGAACUCCUCCAGCAAUACCAUGCUGUUAUUUUAGCCAGUGGUGCUUCCCGCGAUCGUUUAUUGGAUAUUCCCGGUGAGGAUGGAUUUGGUGUUUACUCGGCUCGGAAUAUUGUUGGCUGGUAUAAUGGCCUUCCAGACGAUGCAUCUUUUCAGCCCGAUUUCUCCCAUUCCUCAGCGGUCAUCGUUGGUCAAGGAAACGUAGCGGUUGACGUUGCAAGAAUAUUACUCACAUCGCCGGAUGCGCUGAGCAAAACUGACAUUACGGAGUAUGCACUGGAAGCGCUGCGUAGAAGUCGAGUCCGGAAUAUUUUUUUGGUUGGACGUAGGGGACCAGCACAGGUUGCGUUUACGAUUAAGGAAUUUCGUGAAUUGACUAAACUACCGGAUGUUAAUAUAAUUCUGAAUGAAGUUGACGUCGCUUUGAUAAGAAAUCAUUUAAAAGAGUUUCCCAGACAGCGGAAGAGGUUAAUGGAGUUGAUGGUGAGCUGUGCCGGAAAUGUUCCUUCAGACAGGCAAAAUUGCUAUCUGAAAUUUCUUGCUAGUCCGAGAAAGAUUGUUCGGAGUGAUGACAGAAUCGAAGCUGUGAAUUUUUCUGUCAAUCGACUAAGGGAUCCCAUGGAUAUUUCUUCCGGUGUGGUUUCCACAGAUGAAGUUGACAUCAUAAAAUGUGGCCUUGUAAUUCGGAGUAUCGGAUACGAAGCAGUUCCGCUGUGCAGCAGUAUUCCCUUCGACUCUGCAAAGUGCAUCGUUCCUAACGAUAUGGGCAGAGUCGAUCAGAUGCCGGGGCUGUACUGUAGUGGAUGGAUUAAACGUGGCCCUGUUGGUGUUAUCUUAACGACCAUGAACGAUGCAUACGAGACUGUUGAUACCUUGAUGGAGGAUAUACAGUCUGGUCGCUUGAAUUUGAGCGAUAAGAUCCGCGAUCCCACUCAGAUUUUGGAACUACUUCGUUCACGGCAGUGUGAUCCAGUAUCGUUUGAAGAAUGGGAGAAAAUUGAUAGAGAGGAGGAAAGAAUCGGUAAACUUAGCGGGAAACCAAGGGAGAAAAUUGUGUCAGUACGAGCCAUGCUGGGCGUUGCAAAGGAUAUCAGGUUUGUGGAGAAUGAUGCCGCAAAAGAUACCGUUGCUCUUUGAAGAGUGAUACUUAUUAAAUCAUCAACUUCAAAGCUAAAGCGGUUUUUUGAUGAUUCCAUCGAUGGACACUGCAAAAAUGCUGGACCCCGGGUUUUAAUUUUGUUGUUGGAUUUUGGCUGUAGUUUGUUUAUCCAUGCAUCUCUUAUGUGUGAUGUAUCGGCUGGCCGUGAGCCUGACAUCCGUUUUUGGUAUCUUUCGCUGUAGCGGAAUGAAGAAAUACUCUGUACAUGGUUCCGCGGAAUAAAAGAAAA